UUCCUUCUCUCGGAACUAACACAUCCGUUCUUUAAAUAACUCUCUCCUCAGUUUCCCUCUUCCUCCGUCCUGUCCAUGGGAUUAUACAAUCCCUAGAAGCUGACGCUCUAAUCAUGACCUGGGUGCUCGGAGCUUUCUUUCUGCUAUCCUCGCUGAACUAUUCCUUGUCCAGCGAUGAGAAAAGACUAAUACAGGACCUGUUCUCCAAUUAUGACAGUAAUGCCAGGCCUUCGAAACACAUCGACGACAUCAUCAAUGUGAAACUUAAACUCACACUGACCAACCUCAUCUCCCUGAAUGAGAAGGAGGAAACUCUGACAACGAACGUUUGGAUACAGAUAGAAUGGGACGACUACCGCCUGACCUGGAACACGGCUGAUUAUGGCGACAUCGACAUUGUGCGUGUUCCUCAUCAUAUGGUAUGGUUACCGGACAUUGUACUGGAGAACAACAUAGAUGGCAAUUUUGAAGUGGCGUAUUAUGCUAACGUCCUUGUCUAUAGCACAGGAUACAUGUAUUGGUUGCCACCAGCCAUCUACCGGAGUACCUGCAGCAUCGAAGUGACCUAUUUUCCUUUUGACUGGCAGAAUUGCUCUUUGGUAUUCAGGUCUAAGACGUACAACGCAAAUGAAAUAAACAUGGAACUGGCCUAUGAUUUUGAAACAGAAAAGCUGAUAGAAUGGGUUGACAUAGAUCCAGAGGCGUUCACAGAGAACGGGGAGUGGGCAAUAAGGCAUCGACCAGCACGAAAGGUUAUUAAUCCAAAAUAUUCUCUAGACGACCUACAGCAUCAAGAGAUUUUAUUCUGUCUGAUCAUCCAGCGUAAACCUCUAUUUUACGUCAUCAAUGUUAUUGUGCCUUGUGUCCUUAUCUCCUCCUUGGGAGUUCUGGUAUACUUCCUUCCAGCCAAAGCUGGGGGACAGAAGUGUACAGUGUCCAUAUCAGUACUCCUGGCCCAGACUGUGUUCCUCUUCCUGAUUGCUCAGAAGGUCCCUGAGACAUCGCUCAGUGUCCCCCUCAUUGGCAAGUAUCUGAUCUUUGUCAUGUCCGUGUCGACUCUCAUUGUGCUGAGCUGUGUCAUUGUCCUUAAUGUUUCUCUGCGGUCACCAAGUACCCACCGUCUCACCGCCAACAUAAAGCAUAUGUUCCUGGAGGUGCUACCUCAAUACCUUCGGAUGACGGUGGAGCCCUGUGAAGAAGCUGAGGAGACCCCUCGCGAACGAAGGAGAAGCUCAUUGGGUAUAAUGCUCAAGGCUGAGGAGUAUAUCCUAAAGAAACCGCGUAGCGAGCUAAUGUUUGAGAGACAGAGGGAACGGCAUGGAAUGAGCAGGGGGCCCGGGGGCCACAAAGCGGAUGGUUUUGAUGUGGGGGUUACAGCCACGUUAUAUCGGAACCUGGCACAGUGUGCCCCAGAAAUCAAGGACUGCGUGGAUGCGUGUAACUUCAUCACAGUGAGCACAAAGUCACAAAAUGUCACAGGAGCGGAGAUGGAAAACUGGAUAAUGAUUGGAAAGGUAUUGGACGUUCUCUGCUUUUGGUGUAUGCUCCCAUUGUUUGUAGCAGGAACACUUGCCAUCUUCCUCAUGGGACACUUUAACACGGCCCCAGACAGACCCUUUGAGAAUGACGAUGGCCUCUACUCACCUUGAAUGAGUCACACCUUGACUUCUGAGCUUCCAGUGAGUGGGGACCUGAGUGCAAUGCAUAAGUUUACGCGUGGAUUAAAAUCCGUGUACGGUUACAGCGACACGGACGGUUCUCUUCUGCAUAACAUUUCUAAAUAUCCAGCACUGACAAAAAGCUGGAGGCAUAGCCGUGUCUCUGUAUAAAAGUUUACUCGUGUAAAAGUGCCACUGUUCUAGAUUAUAAAUUCACAUGUAUGUUUGUACAGCGCUAUGGAACAUGGUGGUGGCUAAUCAAUAAAAUGGAAUUACUUGACAACAUGACUAUGACGGGAGCUGUAACUCAUAACAGCUAAAAUUACCUGAAUUUCUAGAAAGUAAUGUUUGACCCCAGAUUUUCAGCCUGUCAUAAGAGAACAUCUAGUUAUAGAAAGCAAUGUGUCAUUGUGUAAACAAAUAUGUUGUUAUACAUUUA